UUGAGGAAAAAUUAUUUUCCCUGAAGAUGUUGCUGGCUAUGUCUCACACCCUGCUCAUGAGAGCUUCUUGCUAGAGAGAAGACCCACCACUUUUAUAGUACUGGGAUGGGAAUGGGGGCAAAAUCAUGAGCUGCAGAACUGGGAUUCUUCUUUGUGGCUACAACCUUUGAAGCUGUGGACCACUAUGACUUCAUGGCAAGGGUCAGUUAGACCUUUGGAGAAAAAGUCCUACAUUCUGGUCAGUUGUGUUCCCAAACAGAAACUCCAGGAACUUAAGAAUCUUAUGCAUGAGGCUGCAGAUCUGGAAUGCGAAAACUGAGUAGCCUCCUUUGAUGUGGUGUUUGUUAGUGAUGAAAACAAGCCAUUUCUUAAUUUGUUGGCUGUAAAGCAUCUUAAACAUGGAGAACUUUAUUUUAUAUGAAGAGAUUGGAAGAGGAAGCAAGACAGUUGUUUAUAAAGGAAGAAGAAAAGGCACUAUUAAUUUUGUUGCUAUUCUUUGCACCGAUAAAUGCAAAAGAGCAGAAAUAACCAACUGGGUUCGUCUUACACAUGAAAUUAGACAUAAGAACAUAGUAACGUUUCAUGAGUGGUAUGAAACAAGCAACCAUCUCUGGCUUGUAGUGGAGUUAUGCACAGGUGGCUCACUAGAAAUGGUUAUUGCGCAAGAUGAACAUCUACCUGAAGAUGUGGUGAGAGAAUUUGGUAUUGAUUUGGUUACUGGAUUACAUCACAUUCAUGACCUUGGAAUUAUCUUCUGUGAACUCACACCUGGAAAGAUACUUCUGGAAGGGCCUGGCACGCUGAAGUUCAAUAAUUUUUGCCUGGCUAAAGCAGAGGGUGAAAAUUUGGAAGAAUUUUUUGCUUUAAUUGGAUCAGAGGAAGGAGAAGGUGAUGGCUGUGAAAGCACUCCACAAAGAAACUUGAAAAACAGACUUAAAGGAUCUCCUGUAUACACCGCUCCAGAAGCAAUAAAGGGAGCUGACUUCUCCAUAGCUAGUGAUCUGUGGUCAUUGGGCUGUUUGCUUUACGAAAUGUUUUCAGGAAGACCUCCAUUCUUCUCUGAAAGCUUUUCUGAAUUAAUUGAACAGAUUUUAUAUGAAAAUCCUUUGCCACCUAAACCUAAAGGUUCGGCUCUUCCCAAACCGUCUUCACACUUCCUUAGUUUGCUGGAUGGUUUGCUUCAAAAGGAUCCUCAAAAGAGAUUGAACUGGACAGACGUGUUACAGCAUCCAUUCUGGAAAGAUGCUUUCAGCAGAUAUGAUGAUGAUUCUGCAAAUAGUCAGGACAUAAGCUCAAGUGAAACCACAGAGUUGUUUGUAUCUAGAGAUACCAAGGACCCAUUGGAUACCCAUAAAAAUUUGAAUGACAUGUCAUCCUCACGAACAGAUAAUAAGCAACUUAAUAAAUCUUUCAAACUAGAAAAUCCAUCUGAGUUGCGGCCUAAAAGCGCACCUGGUGGUGAAUCAAAUGAGUCCAUAUUUCUUCUGAGCUCUCGUCCCACUCCGAGGACUAGCACUGCAGUAGAAAUGAAUAGUGUUGCUGCUGCCUUAACUCAGAAUUCAGAACAAAGAACUUUAUGCUUGACAAAGGGUAAAAAUGUACACUCAAGCCAGCAGGACAUGGAGUCCAAGAUGAAAGAGCUCAUCUACACAGAGUCUGACCUUUUUGUAACCCCUAUUAUUGACAAUCCAAAGAUAAUGAAACAAGCACCAGUUAGAUUUGACUUAAAAAUGUUACAUAUACCAGCACAUUCAGUUGAGAAGCUAUCAUCUCUGAAAGAAAUGGACUGGAAUGACUUUUUGCAACAAAUGUGCUCAUUGAUUGACUCCACUGAGAAGAACACAGGGGCAACACGAGCUAAAUUGAAUUUGCUAUGCUAUUUGUGCACUGUAGCUGGCCACAAGGAAGUAGCAACCAGGUUAAUCAGCUCACAGCUGUUCCCAUUGUUAAUACAACAGUUGCGAGCAGCUCCAAAUUGGGAUAUACGUGCCAAAGUAGCCAGAGUGAUUGCUUUACUGGCAUUGCAUACAACUGAACUUAAAGAAAAUGUACCUGUUACGGAGGCAGUCAUACUCCUAACUGAAGUGAUCAGGGAAAACUUCAGGAACAGCAAAUUGAAACAAUGCCUUUUACCCGCCCUUGGGGAGGUGCUUUUCCUGAUAGCCAGUCAGGAAGAAAAAAAGGAGCACCACAGAGAAUGCUGGGUUGUUCCCUUGGCUGCUUACACUGUGCUAAUGAAGUGCCUUCGGGAAGGGGAAGAACGUGUUGUGAAUCAUAUGGCGGCGAAGAUUGUUGAAAAUGUUUGCACCCCUGAUUCUUUUCAUGCACAGGGAUUUAUUACAGGAGAAAUUGGACCUGUUUUAUGGUACCUUUUCAGACAUUCCACUGUAGAUUCUCUGAGGAUAACAGCUAUUUCGGCUUUAUGCAGAAUUACUCGUCACUCACCCAGUGCUUUCCAGAGCGUGAUUGAAAAGGUCGGGUUAAUGGCUGUUAUAAACUCAUUGGCAACUGGAAUAUGUAAAGUUCAACAGUACAUGCUGACCAUGUUUGCUUCUAUGUUGUCAUGUGGGAUUCACCUUCAGAGACUGAUUCAAGAAAAGGAUUUUGUGACUACAAUUAUCCGUUUAUUUGAAAGUCCAUCAACUUCCAUUCGAGCAAAAGCCUUUCUGGUCCUGUUACAGGUGCUAAUUAAUAACAGAGAGAUGUUACUGCUCAGUUGCCAAGCAAGAUUGGUGAUGUACAUUGAAAGAGACAGCAGAAAGACUACACCAGGAAAAGAGCAGCAAAGCGGCAAUGAAUACCUGUCAAAAUGCCUGGACCUUCUCAUCUAUCACAUUGUGCAGGAGCUGCCAGGAAUUCUAGGUGAUAUUCUUAGUGCCCUAGCUAAUGUCUCUGGACGUAAACAUCCAUCAACAACUCAGGCCAAACAGCUGAAGAUGUGCCUUCCCAUGAUGCCAAUAGUUCUUCACCUUGUGACAUCCCAGGUAUUCCGUCCCCAGAUUGUAACUGAGGAGUUUCUUUUUAACUAUGGAACUUUGCUUAAUUUUAUCAAAUCAAUAGAUUCAGGAGAAAUUAACUUAGAUGGAGCAAUAGGUCAAGCUGCAUCAGAAGAACUAAUUAAGACCACUUUAUCAGCAUUCGAAGUAAUAACACAGCAUCCAGUCUUGUUGACCCUCCACCACUCAACAGUUGUGGACUAUAUCCUCCCACCCUUAGUUUCUUUGGUCCGUAGUCAGAAUGUGGAAUGGAGACUCUUCAGCUUGCGGUUGCUUUCAGAAACCACAUCACUGCUUGUGAGCCACGAGGUCAUGGCUGAGGAGAAAGAGGAGAGCCUUGACUCAAACAACAAGCUUCUGUGUCUCAUUAGAGAUUCAUUGCUGCCUCAAUAUGAGCACAUUCUAAUGGCACCUGAUCCAGUACCAGUGUAUGCCCUGAAACUGUUGGUAGCCCUGACUGAACAUAGCCCUGCGCUUACUAGCCUUGUUGAAGAAAGUAAUCUUGUUCCAGUACUUUUCCAAGUUAUUUUGGAGCACCAGGACAGUGUGCUGGGUAAUACCAUGCAGAGUGUAAUUGCAUUAUUGAAUAAUCUGGUUGCCCACAAAAAUACAAACAUGACUUUACUUUAUGAACAAGGACUGGUCCAUCACAUCUGUAAUCUCUUAAUAGAAACUGCAGCUCUGUAUUUAGAAGUGGAUAAUAAAAGCAACAUCAAGACAGCUAAUGGACUGUUGCUGUCCUUGCUUGACAUUUUGCAUUGCAUGCUGAUAUAUACAGCGAACGUUAUCCGCAUGACUUUACAGGCACAGAAAUCCGGCACAGGAGGGGACACCCAGGCUGCUGAAGACCUUCUCCUUAUCAAUAAACCCCUGACAGACCUAAUUAGCCUGCUUAUUCAGCUGCUUCCUAGUGAUGACACUGAAAUAUAUGAGACUGCAUCAAAAUGCUUGUCAUUGAUGGUUCAGCUGUACGGAGGAGACAACUUGGACAGUAUGUCUCCAGAAAACAUGGACAGCUUUGCUGAAGUAUUGAAGUCCAAGAGGGAUCUAAAACAGCAGAAGCUUUUGUUGAGAAUCAUCAAAAGAUUGGUAACUUCAAACAAGAAGCACUCCGAGAGCCUGAAGAAUGAUGGUGACAGUCUUAUCCACAUUCUAGAGAGACUGGCCCAAACUGCCAGCUCUCAUGCCGAUAUUGCUGUUGCUUCCUUGGCUUUUGAAAUUCUUAGAACAGUUGGACGCUAAAAGAUCAAGGCUACCAGAUCAAUCAUCACUCCACAGUCCUGACUGCAUGCACAAAACACUGGCAUGGUGAAUUCCUCAGUCUUGUUUUAGGAUAUUUAUGAAUGAGUGUUGUAGUCCGAAUUCGAUAAGAAAUCUAAUGUGUGUGUAUGUAUUUACUUUAUCUGUAUAAGAAUAAGGAAAAAGGGGGGAAAACUUGCUUUUAAAAGAAUAAGUCCAUUAUCUUGCUUAAAUUAGCACAACCUAUGGUUUGAGGGGAUUUUUAAAGUUUCCUACAGCCAUGUACUGAAGAAUAUAAAUUAGAAAAAUUCCAUUCCUUUCACAAAUAUGUUUAGGGGAGAAGCAUUUUUCAUUCCACCUGAAUUGUGGUAUAUUUUCCAAGAAUGCCUUAGCUGAUCAUCCUCAUUUGACACAUCACCUAUAACAAUCUGUAGAAUACUUUUGCACAUGUAAAGUUUUCUGAAGUGCUUUGCAAAUGUUAAUGACUCAAUCUGAAAACACUGCAGGGAGUUGGUAUCAUCCCCAUUUACAGAUGGAAAAUGAGCACAGGGAGUAAGUGAUUUCCAAAUGUCCCACAGAAAGUCUGGGAUGGAGCCAGGAACAGAACCCAAAUCUUCUGGCACCCAGUCAUGUAGUUUAAAGGCAAUUUGCAAAACCAAAUACAGUGUUCUGGUUAAAAGGGUACAAUAAAUGACUUUGCACUUCUAUAUUGCAGUGAUUUCUGGUUAAUAAUUGCCCUAUACACAAGUCAACUUGUGGCACUUUUCUUAAACUAUUUUGAUGUAUAUUCCAGACUCUGUUUUGACUAUAAGGAAAAUAUUGUUAAUUAAAAAAUUUCAAACUGAGACA